GGAUAAUGAGUUCAUGUGGACAGUCAGUUAAAAGCUUCUUUUCGAACCUUGGAAGGAAGAAAACUAUAUCGGAUGAGGGAACGAAAAAAACCGAACUAAAAAGAUGUCUAACUGCAUUUGAUCUCGCUGCCUUAGGCAUUGGAACAACAUUGGGUGCUGGACUAUAUAUUCUAGUUGGAGAUGUGGCUAGAACCGUGGCAGGUCCAGGUGUCAUGUUGUCAUUUUUUGUUGCUGCAGUGGCUUCUGUUUUGUCCGGACUGUGCUAUGCAGAAUUCGGUGCUCGUGUACCGCAAAGUGGAUCAGCUUAUAUUUAUAGUUACAUUACUGUUGGAGAACUGAUGGCUUUUGUGAUCGGAUGGAAUCUAAUCUUAGAGUACAUAAUUGGUACAGCGAGUGUGGCUCGUGCAUGGAGUUCCAAUUUCGAUGGAUUACUCAAUGGUCAGCUGACAGAAUUUUUCCGUAAACAUUUGUCAAUGAAUUUAUCCGGUUUAUCUGAAUAUGCAGAUCCACUCGCUGUGGCAACUAUUGUCCUGAUGACAAUUUUCUUAAGUAUUGGCGUAAAAGAAUCUACAAUAAUUAACAAUGUGUUCACUGUGAUCAACUUGGCCGUUAUCGUUUUUUUAAUUGUUGCUGGCUUAAUUUAUGCAGAUAUUAAAAAUUGGAUGGUAAACCCGAAUAAUGUUACAUAUAAUGCUACAGUGAGCCGUGCAGAUGUUGGUGAUGGUGGCUUUCUACCUUUUGGGAUUAACGGAGUACUCUCAGGAGCUGGAACUUGCUUUUUUGCAUUUGUUGGCUUUGAUAUCAUAGCUACCACAGGUGAAGAAGUACGUAAUCCACAAAGAGCUAUCCCAUUAAGUAUAAUAAUAUGCCUGCUAGUAUGUUUUAUGGUAUAUGCAUUGAUCUCUGCAACGGUUACUUUAAUGUUACCAUAUUAUGAGAUAUCAUCAGUUGCACCGUUACCAUUGGCAUUUGAUAAACAUGGUUUACAUUGGGCAAAAUAUUUGAUAGCUGUUGGUGCAUUGUGUGCUUUAACAACCAGUCUUCUAGGUUCCAUGUUUCCAUUGCCACGUGUUUUGUAUGCUAUGGCUACAGAUGGGUUGUUAUUCCGUUUCUUGGGUAAAGUAAACGCACGUUUUCAAACUCCAUUGAUAGGCACUAUUGUAUCAGGUGUCACCGGAUGCAUAAUGGCUGGAUUAUUUAGCCUACAGGAUUUAGUCGACAUGAUGUCAAUUGGUACAUUGCUUGCAUAUACUCUGGUUUCUGUAUCUGUACUGCUUUUAAGGGGUCAAAGAAAAUCAGUUGGAUAUCAUGAUACUACUAGUGAUAACAGUAAAACCUAUCCGACAGAAAUUGAAUGUCAAUCAAAUGAAAAGUUGGGAUUGUCCGAAGAAAAACCACAACUACCCAAAUUUGUAAAUGAUGUAGAUAAAGUUGACACUCCGUGUAAUGAUGGUGAGAAGCCAGGAAAAGAUAAUGGUCACCUACCCGAUUGUAAUGAAGCAUUCGUUUGUGUGAUAACAAAUUCAAGUCCAAGUUGUUCAUCGUACACUUUAGAACAGACAAAUGAUUCUGAGAAAUCAAAUCUUACAUUUAAAGAAUAUCUGCAUAAAUGUUUCAAACCAGAUCCUAAUCUGAUCAAGCCAACUGCAACAACUGAAAUGAUAUAUAAUAUUAACAGUUAUUUAUUAUUUUGUACUAUUUUUCUUGGUAACUUUGGUAUACUACUUUUGGAUAAACUACCCGAUGGAGAGUAUAAAGGACAACUUACAAUUCCAAUAUGGAUAUUUGUCGCAUUCAUGAUAAUCGUCAGUAUUAUUAUAUGCGUCAUUUUGGCUAAACAACCUGAGAAUCAAACUCCUGUCUCGUUUAAGGUCCCUGGAGUUCCAUGGAUUCCAGCGCUGAGUAUUUUUAUCAAUGUAUACCUUAUGGUUAAAUUAUCCGGUGCUACAUGGAUUAGAUUUCUAGUUUGGAUGGCAAUAGGUUUCACAAUCUACUUUGCUUAUGGAUAUUGGAAGAGUUCUGAGAGGAAAGUCAAGAAGUAA